GCUCCUGCUGCUGCCGCCGCCGGUGCCCGGUCCGUGCGCACCCUGACACCCCCGCCAGCCGGGCCCCGGGGUACAUCUCCAGACUUGGAUUUGGCUGUGCACGUGCCUGGAAUUGAGAGACACAGGUAAAAGACUCCAAAUUGCUUCCUGCCUUUUGAGAACUCCAGAAAACCAUCCCUUCAGACUCUGGAACUCUACACCUCUCAGCCAAGACUUUGUUUGAAUGUUUACAUUUUCUCCUUGCUGUCCUACACAUCACUGUAUAGUGUUCACAUUUUAUUAAAAUUUACAAGUGUCAGAAAUUGGGGUUUCUCAGCAAACCAACAUGGCUAGGAUGAGCUUUGUUGGAGUAGCUUGCCAGUUGGUGCUGGGCUUGCUAAUGACUUCAUUAACUGAGUCUUCCAUGCAGAAUAGCGAGUGCCCACAACUGUGUGUAUGUGAAAUCCGUCCCUGGUUUACCCCACAGUCCACAUACAGAGAAGCCACCACCGUUGACUGCAAUGAUCUCCGCUUAACAAGGAUUCCCAGCAACCUUUCUAGUGACACACAAGUGCUUCUCUUACAGAGCAAUAACAUUGCAAAGACUGUGGAUGAGCUGCAGCAGCUUUUCAACUUGACUGAGCUAGAUUUCUCCCAAAACAACUUUACAAAUAUUAAGGAAGUAGGGCUGGCAAACCUGACCCAGCUCACCACUCUGCAUUUGGAGGAAAAUCAGAUUACAGAAAUGACUGAUUACUGUCUGCAAGACCUCAGCAACCUUCAAGAACUCUACAUCAACCACAACCAGAUUAGCACUAUUUCUGCUAAUGCUUUUUCAGGCUUAAAAAAUCUUUUAAGGCUUCACCUGAACUCUAAUAAAUUGAAGGUUAUUGAUAGUCGCUGGUUUGAUUCUACCCCCAACCUGGAAAUUCUCAUGAUUGGAGAAAACCCUGUGAUUGGAAUUCUGGACAUGAACUUCAAACCCCUCUCAAAUUUGAGAAGCUUAGUUUUGGCAGGAAUGUAUCUCACUGAUAUUCCUGGAAAUGCCUUGGUAGGCUUGGAUAGCCUCGAGAGCCUGUCUUUUUAUGAUAACAAACUGGUCAAAGUCCCUCAAUUAGCCCUGCAAAAGGUUCCAAAUUUGAAAUUCUUAGACCUCAAUAAAAACCCCAUUCACAAAAUCCAAGAGGGAGACUUCAAAAAUAUGCUACGGUUAAAGGAACUGGGUAUCAAUAAUAUGGGGGAACUCGUUUCUGUUGACCGGUAUGCCCUAGAUAACUUGCCUGAACUCACAAAGUUAGAAGCCACCAAUAAUCCCAAACUAUCUUAUAUCCACCGCUUGGCUUUUCGAAGUGUUCCUGCCCUGGAAAGCUUGAUGUUGAACAAUAAUGCCUUGAAUGCCGUUUAUCAAAAGACAGUCGAAUCUCUUCCCAAUCUUCGUGAGAUCAGUAUCCACAGCAAUCCCCUGAGGUGUGAUUGUGUCAUCCAUUGGAUUAACUCCAACAAAACAAACAUCCGCUUCAUGGAGCCCUUAUCCAUGUUCUGUGCUAUGCCGCCGGAAUACAAAGGGCAGCAGGUGAAGGAAGUUUUAAUCCAGGAUUCAAGUGAACAGUGCCUCCCAAUGAUAUCUCAUGACACAUUUCCAAAUCACUUAAACAUGGAUAUUGGUACAACAGUUUUCCUAGACUGUCGGGCCAUGGCUGAGCCAGAACCUGAAAUUUAUUGGGUCACUCCCAUUGGAAAUAAGAUAACUAUAGAAACCCUUUCAGAAAAAUACAAGCUAAGUAGUGAAGGCACUCUGGAAAUAUCUAACAUACAAAUUGAAGACUCAGGAAGAUACACAUGUGUUGCCCAGAAUGUCCAAGGGGCAGACACUCGAGUAGCAACAAUUAAGGUUAAUGGAACCCUUCUGGAUGGUACUCAGGUGCUAAAAAUAUAUGUCAAGCAGACAGAAUCCCAUUCCAUUUUAGUGUCCUGGAAAGUUAAUUCCAACGUCAUGACAUCAAACUUAAAAUGGUCAACUGCUACUGUGAAGAUUGACAACCCCCAUAUAACAUAUACUGCCAGAGUCCCAGUAGAUGUUCAUGAAUACAACCUAACACAUCUUCAGCCAUCCACAGAUUAUGAAGUGUGUCUGACAGUGUCCAAUAUUCAUCAGCAGACUCAAAAGUCCUGCGUAAACGUCACAACCAAAAAUGCCGCCUUCGCACUGGACAUCUCUGAUCAAGAAACCAGUACAGCCCUUGCUGCAGUAAUGGGGUCCAUGUUUGCUGUCAUUAGCCUUGCGUCCAUUGCUGUGUACUUUGCCAAAAGAUUUAAGAGAAAAAAUUACCACCAUUCACUAAAAAAGUAUAUGCAAAAAACCUCUUCAAUCCCACUAAAUGAGCUAUACCCACCACUCAUUAACCUCUGGGAAGGCGACAGCGAGAAGGACAAAGAUGGUUCUGCAGACACCAAGCCAACCCAGGUUGACACAUCCAGAAGCUAUUACAUGUGGUAACUCAGAGGAUAUUUUGCUUCUGGUAGUAAGGAGCACAAAGACGUUUUUGCUUUAUUCUGCAAAAGUAACAAGUUGAAGACUUUUGUAUUUUUGACUUUGCUAGUUUGUGGCAGAGUGGAGAGGACGGGUGGAUAUUUCAAAUUUUUUUAGUAUAGCGUAUCGCAAGAGUUUGACACGACUGGCAGCAGCUCCAGGCUUCCAGUUUGUGGGGUUUUUUUAUUCUUAUCAUUAUUAUGAUUAUUAUGAUAUUAUUAUUAUUUACUUUAGUUUGUUGUGCUAAACUCAAUAAUGCUGUUCUAACUACAGUGCUCAAUAAAAUGAUUAAUGACAGGUUGGGGGUUCCCCUGUGCUUUGACCAGUAGCAUGACCCCUUCUUCUGAAGCCAUCAGUAGAAAGAACCAUGUCCUCCAAAAAGUUAUAUAACAGUUUUGAAGCAGCAUUGAACCUUUUGUAGCAAUCUGGUCUACAGACUUUUAACUCAAGCUAAGGCUAGACUUGUUACCUUUGUUGAAUGAUGUUAGUUGACUGUACUGUAAUGUUGUAUCAACUGAAUUGAAUGUUUGCCUUUGAACAAUGACUUCUCUUUCUUUUGUAAUAGUUAAAGAGGCUUAGAACAAGCUAACAGGCAAUAGAAAUAUGUAUAUCAGAUUUUUUAAUGUAACAAACUACAUGUUAAUUGUUACCUUAUUCUUUUUAUCUUUAGUAGACACUUUUAAAAAAAAAAGACAAUAAUUUUGUUGUGUUCAACUCACCAACAUGUGGUGUAUAAUGAAGACAGAACUAUAAUAAAUUAGUUUUGUUCUGAUUUU